AUGCCUGACUUACGUGGUAAAUAUGACAUGCCUGAUUUAUGUGGUAAAUAUGACAUGCCUGACUUACAUGGUAAAUAUGACUUACCUGACUUACAUGGUAAAUAUGACAUGCCUGAUUUAUGUGGUAAAUAUGACAUGCCUGACUUACGUGGUAAAUAUGACAUGCCUGAUUUAUGUGGUAAAUAUGACAUGCCUGACUUACAUGGUAAAUAUGACUUACCUGACUUACAUGGUAAAUAUGACAUGCCUGAUUUAUGUGGUAAAUAUGACAUGCCUGACUUACGUGGUAAAUAUGACAUGCCUGAUUUAUGUGGUAAAUAUGACAUGCUUGACUUACAUGGUGAAUAUGACUUACCUGACUUACAUGGUAAAUAUGACAUGCCUGACUUACGUGGUAAAUAUGACAUGCCUGACUUACAUGGUAAAUAUGACUUACCUGACUUACCUGGUAAAUAUGACAUGCCUGACUUACGUGGUAAAUAUGACAUGCCUGACUUACAUGGUAAAUAUGACUUACCUGACUUACCUGGUAAAUAUGACAUGCCUGACUGA